GACAGAGACUUAGUCUGUGUUUUGGCAUACACAAUGGCACUUCAAGAGGCAGGUCAUUCAUACGUCUCGGUCGAAUUCGAAGUAUUCGGAAAAGUACAAGGUAAUAAUUAUUUUUCUCCGAUAAAUUCGCACGCCUAUGCAUUAUUUUCCCGCGAUAUUAUAAUAUUAUUUUAAGUUAGAUGGUAUACAAUUUGCAAAUUAACUCUACUUAGUACCUACUAUAUAAACGUAUGUAUGACUAAUGAAACCAAAUCGGGCGAGUUAUACUAAAUAGAUCAUAUUUAAUAAUUAAUACAUAGGUAUCAACACAAUAAUAUAUUUAUUACACGGAUAAACCUUUUAAAUUAAACGUAUCGCAAGGUCAAGUGUAACUUGAUCAUUAGGAAAACAAAAUUCAUGGACUACACGGAUGUAAAUAUAUAUUUUUAAACGUUAUUUAUAGUUCUCACAUUGCAUUACUUAUGGACCGGGGAGACAAUAUAAAAAGUACCAUAAUCAUAUAAAUUAUAUUUAAAUUGUAUCAUAAAAUUGUUUUCUAAUUUCCACCAACGCGUCGGGUAAACUACAGUACUCAUUUUACUUAAAUAAUACUUAAUCUUUAUUAAAUCGAAUAUAUACGGCGCUACGCCAAUAUAAUAUCUAAAACAAAUUUAAUAAUUUACAUAACCUAUUUUAUAUUUGGCUAAUAGGUACCAACAUUAAUAUAAUUACUUGUUCUAAUGCAAAACCCUAUUCAAGAAUGGCAACCGGGGACAGCCUAUAUUUACUCGCUUAUAAUUGUCACGUGGUUGUAUGUUUUACAAAUAAUAUUGUCUAUAAUAAUAUAUUAUAAAUACUAAUAUUUUAAUGGGGUUUUUUUUAUAUCAUAAUUUAUUAAGUUUUUUUUAUUAAAUAAAUAUUAAAAUACAAUAAUAUUCGAUUGCACUCCAUGGAGCAGAUUAUUUGUGUUAAAUAAUAAAAUCAAAAAUAAUACCUUAGUUUUAUUAGUUUUUUCAAAAUUUCCAAAAAUUGUGUAUAAUAUUCUAAAAUUUAAAUUCCUAAUUUGUAAUUUUUUUUUAUUUUGUUUUAAGAUAAAUACAAUUUACUUACCUAAUGGAAUAUACUUAAAUUUCUAAUAUUUUAAAUUUUAAUGUACUUACAAUAAUUAUUAAACUUAAUGUAUUCAAACUUUGAACUAGUGUAGUACUGUGAUCUUGGUUUACCCCUGGUUCCAAACCUCAAAAAAAAAAAAAAAAACAAAUAAAUAUUGAGUAAAUUAUAAUCAUGAGUAAUAGGCUGGUGCAUAUAAAAUAUUAAUUUGUGCACAUAGAGUAAAGUAAGCCAAGACUGGGCAAGUCAUUGCACAUCAGACACUCAGUCAAUGUAUCUUAUUAAACUUUUUUCAAUAUUUAAAUAUUUUUAAAAGAGUAAAUUGAAAUGGAACUUUAAAUUUACAAUUUGUUGAAACAAAAAGUUCAAAACAUAUUCAUGAAAUUUAAUUGUAUGGAUAAUUUUAGAAACAUUAAACAAAUGCAUUAUAUACAUAAUGCAGUUUAAGUAAUUCCCUAUUAUAAUUUUGAUUUAUAAAUCUAUAAAACUAGGAAAAUACUUUUAGUUAUCAUUCAAUAAGCAAAUUAUCCUUCAUUGUUUAAUAUACCUACCAUUACCUUGUUUCAACUAGCAAAAUAGUUUAUGUUGAUAUGAUAAUUCUACACAAGUGUGUCAAAUAAAAAAAAAUAAUAUAACAAUAUACAAGUUAAUUUUCAAAACGAUAAUACAUCUAUAUUCUUUUUUAAUAAAAUAAAUAUCAAUAAGGGGGUGAUGACCUAUUGUUUAUCUAAAUAAUUUUUUUUUUUAAAUCUUUAUAAAUUUUACUCUCACAGUGUGUUGUCAUAGUUUUUUUUUUUUUUACUAGGAAAAAACAAUAUUAAAUGUAUUAUUUCAUUUGAGACCUGAGUAUAUAAAUAAACUAUACAACUAUAAAAUUAACUACCUUUGAAAAUGCGAAACAUAAAAAAACAAUGAUUAUUAUCUGGCAUUAUACACGUUUCAUAUGUAUACAGAAUGUGUUGCCAAAUCGUAUUUAAAGUUAAUAUAAGUACAUUCCUUAAGAUUGGAAGUUCAUAAUGAAACUCUUAAAAUAUAAAUUUUAAAAAAAAUUUCACAUUCGGGAAUUAUAAUUAUAGUUUUUUAAAAUGUUAAAAUAAAAAAUGAAACGUAUUAAAGUAAUAAUUUUAUUGUAUAAAUAAUAUACAAAUAUUUAAACUAUUUUUAGAAAAUAUACCUAAAUAUGAACAUAAAAAUGAAAUUGCUGUUAAAACAAAAUUUUUGGAAAAUGAUUAAUAAAAAAACCAAAAAUAAAAUUUGACUUACUUGGUAAUUUGGCAUAUAUCACAUAUAUCAUACAUGUUGUUUCGAGAUUGUUUAAUUUAAAAAAUAGUAUCGGAAACAACCUAAAUAUAAAAAUUACAAGACAAAACACAAAUAAAACAAAUUAAUAAUUUGUUUACUAUUAAUUUUUAUUUUAUAAUCAUUUGUCUAUUUAAUUAUAGGUGUAUACUUUACCAAAUACUGCAGAGACCGAAGUUUGGAAUUAGAUAUUGUUGGAUGGGUCAAGAACAGUAAAAGAGGCACAAUAAUGGGCAAAAUGCAAGGUCCAAAAGCAAAUGUCGAAGAAAUGUAAGUUAACAACACAUAAAAUGUAUUAAGUACUCACAAUGUAGAAAUGUCAAUAAGCAUAAAAACUGUUUAUAAUAAAAAUGAUUAUACAAAAUAUAAAAAUUAAAAUGAAUAGAUUUUCUUUUAAAAUACCAAAACUACAAAUUAAUUAUUGUUGACAAAAUACAAUUCUGAGCGUAGUUCAUUUAAAUAUAUUUUAAAAUACUGUUAUUUUUUCAAAAUUAAGCUUAUAAAAUCUAAUUCAAUUAAAAAUGAUAAGAAAACUAAUUUGAUCUAUAGUUUAGAAGUUUAAAAAAUAAUUUUUGAUUUUCCAAGUAGUUUUCAUAACAAUUGCGAAAACCAGUCAUAUAAAAGUUUCAUUAUUAUUUGUUGUAAUUUGAUUAAACAUAAUUGUAGAGUGAUAGUCUAACUAAAAGCUCCUAAUAAAAAAAAAUAAUAAUAAUAAUUGCAGAGACCUAUAAUUUCCAUAGACUUGUUAUGGCUAAUUAUGACCUUUUAUAGAAGAAUCAAAUUUUGAACAGUAUAAGUUCAUUUUUUUUACCAUUAAGUACAACUUAAAAUGAAUGUCAAUUUUUUUUUUUUAUUAAAAUUUCAAGCAUUUCUGUUUGACUUAUUAAUUAUAUUUACAUCAAACCAAAUAUAAACUAAAAUAACCUCUUAAAUGUCUAAUGCUUAUUGAACUUAUCACAACACUAAACACUAAGUAGUGAAUAAUUUGAUAUUAAAUUAAACAAUUGCUUAUUACUUAUAAUAUUUACUUGAACUUGUGAAAUUAUAUAGCCAACAUAGUCUAUCAAAAUCUGGUUGUACCAUAAUUUCCAUAACGUUAGUGCACUAUAUAAUACAUAAAUGUAAUUACAUAUUAUUCCAUGAACUAAAAAAAAAACUUUAAAGAAAUAUAUUAAUAAAAAUGACAGUAAAUAUUAUCCUUAUACUUGUAUUACAGGAUUGGAUGGCUGUCAAAUGAAGGAAGUCCUGGAAGCAAAAUUGAACGAUGUGAUCUGAUGAACUUCGAGUAUUUGGCAAGAAAAGAAUUUAAUGGGUUUAGCAUACGAUUUUAAAUAUCCCCAAAAAAGUAUUUUAUUUAUAUGUGAGAACUGGAAAACACAAGGGAAAUAUUGAAAAAUUUAAAUUAAUUAAGAUGAAAAAAAAAGACAUGUACAUAUUGUUAAAACUUUUAUAUAUUAUUUAUUAUUUUUUUUUUAAGUCAAUAGUAGCUCAAUGACAAUUACAUAGGUAUUUAUCUUAACAAUUAUAUUUUAUUUAUAUAUAAAUCAAAUUGCAUCAAUAUUGUAAUGAAUUAGAAAAAAGAAUAAAAUAAUCUAUUGGUAAAACAAUCUAUUAACUAUACAAAAAAAUUAUAAUAAGUAUUUGAAAAUACAUGACUUAAAGUCUAGGAGUUUUGCAAUUAAAAAAUAUUUACAACCUUUUUUUUUUUAUUUAGCUCUGUUAUUUUAUGUUUUUUAUACCCUCAAAUGCUAUAAAAUAAAAUAUAACAUGUGGCAUUCUAAACAACUUUGUAGCAUUAUUUUUUUUAUAAACUUGUCUUUAACAGAAAAUAACAUGAAAACUGAAAGUUAAAAAAUGUUCAAAAAAAAAGAGCUUUAAAAUAUAAAGUUUAUUAAUGGCAAAACAAAAUACACAUUAUUUGUUUCAAAUAGUCUCAAUAAUUUUUUUUUUUUUACAUAUGUUUGGAAGGUGACCCAGAAUCGCUGUUUAAAUCUGUGUAAAAAGAAAAAAAAAUGUGGUUUUUACUUUAGUAACAGGUUCUGUAUAUAAAAUUAAGUAUAAGAAAAUAUUAAUCUAAAUAUUCUUUUUAAAAGAAAACCAGUAUCUUUGUAGCAGUUUGAGAUCUAUUUAAUUAAUAAAUAGUAAUGAAAAUAAAUUUUGAAACAAUUUACAAUAUUUUUAAUUUUGUAAAUAGAAUACUUGUGAAUGAUUCAUCAUGCAUGUUAAAAAUGUUCUAAUUCCAUAAUUUUGAUAAGCAAACCAUGACAAUCAUAAUAUCCUAAUGUAUUACAAAGUAUUAACAAAUACAAUGUAAUGAAUUAAUUUGUUAUAAAAUACUUUACUUAUUGAGUAAUGAUGUAUUUUCAGAUACGAUAU